CUGAGCCGCAGGAUUGCAAACACACAACCCCGACUUCACACUUCGCUGCCAGAUGGAAGUCCACGAGUAGCACCGCUGAAUAAAUCCCCAGUCUUGUUUUGCCUUUUUACCAUUUCAGAUUUUCUUCGCUGCCAACAUUUUUAAAAUCCGAGUGGAGAAACAUCGCAGUUACAAACUAAAUCUUAAAUCGAUGAAUAUUUAUCUUUCUAAAAACACUUUUCGCUCGUCUUUAUUCCACAUGGAGAGAAAUGUACGCAUAAAAGCAGUUUAUUUAAUAUUUGCAUCUCUCAAUUUACGAGGUGUCGUCCAAACCUUCCUUUAUAAUAAUCGAUAUGGAGGAGAUCAAGUAAUUCGAUUAAUUCCAAAAGUUGAACAGCAUGUGGAAGCACUGAGGGACAUCAGUCAACAGAUCAAAGUGGAUUUAUGGCAACCUAGCAGUAUUGCUUCUAUUAAACUUGGUAGUGUUGUGGAUAUACAUGUACCCAGUAACAGUUCACAGCUGUUCUUUCAAUCGCUUCUGCAAACUGGCAUGACGUUUAAGAUCCUUGUUUCUGAUCUUCAAGAAUUAAUGGAGGAGCAAAGUGGCUCCUGUGCUCGCUGCCGCCGGUCUAAUCCUCUCUACAACUAUGAAGUCUAUCACACUUUAGAAGAGGUACGCAAAUUAAGCCACAACAUUUUUAAGAUCAAAAACACUUUUUUUCUUCUACUUAAGGCUGUACAAAAAUAUCGCAGUGAUCCUGUAAUCCGAAGGCUUCUAAAUCAACUGUAUUUUUACGUCAUGCCUGUUUUUAAUGUAGACGGAUACCAUUACAGCUGGACAACUGAUAGAUUCCGGAGAAAAACACGUUCCAACAGUACUAAUUUCAGUUGCCGCGGUGUUGAUGCCAAUCGGAAUUGGAAGAUCAAGUGGUGCAGUGAAGGGGCAUCAUUGCAUCCUUGUGCUGAUACAUACUGUGGACCCAUGCCAGAAUCUGAACCAGAAGUAAAGGCUGUUGCAAACUUCUUGCGUAAAAACAAGAAACAAGUUAAAGCAUACAUUUCAUUCCAUUCAUAUUCACAGAUGCUCCUAUAUCCUUAUUCCUAUAGUGAAGCAAUCAUUCCUAACUUCAAUUGUGUGGAAUCAGCAGCAUACAAAGCAGUCAGUGCUAUUUACUCUGUGUAUAGUAUCAAGUACAAACAUGGGCCAGCAUCUAGCACCUUAUAUGUCACUUCCGGUAGUUCUAUCGAUUGGGCCUAUAAACAUGGGAUUUCUUAUUCAUUUGCAUUUGAAUUGCGAGAUACAGGAUAUUAUGGAUUUUUGCUGCCAGAAUCUCUAAUUAAACCCACAUGUACAGAGACAACAUUAGCCAUCAAAAAUAUCACUAAUAAUCUCCUAAAAGAAUGUCCAUUGAAGUGAGGAACUAUUCAUAACCACUCAACUUGGUAUUUUAAUUUUACAGUGUAAUUCAUUUUGCUUAAAUAAGUUAAAACAAAGAUUUACUUCUAUUCCUACAUUUAAUCUUUUUGUGCAAUCCGAUAGGGUACAAAUGUGUCACCAUACUACUCAGAUAUACAUUUCCUUCCUACACAUUUGAUUUGCUCCACUGCAAAAUCUCCUCAAGGUAUGUUUACUUUGAAGUUCUCCACCUCUCUCUGACAGUUCAGAAACACCCUCUCUUGCUGCUCCCCCUCUGUGAUUACCUCUAGUUUUCCUCUCUCCUGAUUCUCACUGAAGAAGGGUUUGACCUGAGAUGUCACCUAUUUCUUUUCUCCAGAGAUGCUGCCUGACCCGUUGAGUUACUCCAGCAUUUUGUGUCUAUCUUUGGUGUAAACCAGCAUCUGCAGUUCCUUCCUACACAUACUCAAAUACACUGUUGAAGCAAAGCAAAUGACUAUGACAUUCCAUGUAAAUGAAUAAUCAGGAAAUUCUAACAACUCUGGAACUGACGCUUUUAAGAUCAUAUCUGAAUCAAUAAAGGCUUGCUACCACAGAA